GAGGAAGGAGCGCCGGUUAGGCGAGCCGCAGUUGAGCCUUGAUAGAAGCGGGGGAGACCUGCUCGCUUCCUUGUGUUGAGGACAGAGAUCUCUCGUGGAUAAACCAUAAAAGAGAUAAACAACCAUGGAGGAGAAAUAUGCGGAAUACCUUGUCUCUGUUUCUAAAAAAAUGCUGCUUGAAUAUGGACAAACAGCUGAUCAACAUGGAUUAAAGAAUGUGGAAGAUAUUGUUAUGGUUCGGUUAUGUGCACGGUAUUUAAAGGAUGUAGGGUACUUACAGUACUGUGAUUCACUUAAAAUAUGCAUCUUGUCUGGUAAUUUCCUUUCAAAUAUUGAUGCACUUGAAUCUUGUACUUGUUUAAUUAAGCUGGAUCUCCAUAGCAAUCAGAUGGAAAACCUUCCUGGCCCUGUGUUUUGGAGGAACAUGAAGAACCUAAGUCUUCUGUAUCUUCAUGAUAAUUCAGUUUCAAACCUAGAAAAUGUUCAUUCAUUAUCUUUCUGCCCUAAUCUGAUUGCCCUUACCUUGUUCAAUACUCCACUAAGCUUGAAAAUAGCCUAUAGGCACAUUGUUGUUAACAGCAUAAUUUCACUCAAGGCAUUGGAUUACUAUGUCAUUUCUGAUGAGGAAAUAAUAGAAUCCUGGCAACUCCCUAAAAAAUAUAAACCAUUUACCUUUAAUUUUUUUGUUGAUUUUUGCCUUCUUCCUGGAAAGGAAACUACAUUUCAGGAAGAAGUUAAAAUGGUAAGAGAGAUGAUUUCCAAGAUCAAUCACAUUCUAUCUCAUUAUUCUCCAAUCCUGAUUAUUCAGAAAUGGAUAAGAGGACAUUUACUUAGAAAAAGAUUAUGCUUGAUUCCUUUACAUGAAGUUCUGCGACACAAACAUUACAUCAGAGCUGGAAAAAAGGAAAUUUACAUUCAAGUCACACCUUCAGAAUGUGAUAGCAAAAGGUCUAUGCAUCACAUCAUUAAGCCAGCACAGCACACUGACGUUGAAAAGCUUACAUCUGGGAUCCAAGUUUUAAAUGUGAAAGAUCUUAAGGAGCUUCAUUUAUAUCUGAAAGAAUUAAGGCAGCCUGUUCUCUCAGCAGUACUGAGAUUUGAAGAGAAAAAAAAGAUAGAACAAAAGGAUUCAAAAAGGUUACCAAAGAUGGAUUGGAAACAAACUAAAAUGAAAGAUGCGAAGGAGAUGGCAAGUCAGUUUAGGCUUUCAGUAGCUAAAAUGCCUUUCUAUUCCAAGACUGUUGAACUGCAACAGUAUCAAGAGAGACAGAAAUAUUUUUCUGAUAAUGUGUAUGACUUGCAUUUUUUAAAGAAAACUCCUCCAGAAAUUAAGCCCAUGCAUGAUCCAGGUAACAUUGAGAGGAGGGCCUUCGUUAAAGCAUAUGGAUCUAUAAGGCUUCGCCCAUUGCAUGCUAUUGAUAAAGCAUACCUAGAAAAUCAAGAAAUGGACAUUUUGCUUAAAAAAGAGCGGCAAGUAAUGCAGAUGCAGAUUUCUCAAAAUGCAGCAAAAGAAUAUUCUUAUCAGUUAACUGAAAAAAGAACAGAGUAUCUUCAGAUGAAAUAUGAACAGGAAAAAUUUGUAAUUCGUGAUUUUUUGAAAGAGCGCCAAGAGGAAAGAGCAACAUUAACUAGAAAAAUUAGACAAAAGCAUGUUAAAUUUUUAGAAAGCAAGGAGGCGAAGACAGUAGAACGUACAUUUAUUCACGGCUUUAGUGGUCAGCAUACUUCUUUGACUAAAGGCUUGUUGAUACUUGAUGGUUGGAGGAGUCACCAGGAAUUCAUAGCUCAAAAAAGUGUUAUUGUUAAAAGCUUUGUAGAAGAAAAGAAACAGCGUAAAGACAUGUUUAAACAUUAUCAGGAGCAGAGACAACACAUGAUACAACUGCAUGGUAAUGCGGAGAAAAUAUUUAGAAAAUAUAUGGCUGAUGAAAUGGCUAAGGAGAGAUUUAAGCAAGCCAAGGCAAAAGUUGCAGCUGUGAAGAAACCCAGAAAGAAAAUAAUGUACAACUUGCCAGUAAUUGGCAGUUCUGGCAGUGCGUUGCCUAUAGCCGAGUAUGAUGCUUAAACUGAUAAUGUACAAAUUGGGAAGUGAACAUAAGCACAAUUGCAAUUUGUUAUUUGAAUGUUACUUAUAAAAAAUGUCUUAUAAUUUUAUAAUCUGAUUCUGUUAUUCUUGUAAUAUACUUGAGGCAGGGGAGGGGGUUUGAUACAACAGGAUAAUUUGAAACAUUUCAGUAUUUACAUGGGUUUAAAUAAGACAACAGAAUUAGUCUAGUGUUCUAAUUGUUAGCAAAUGUUGACUUUUUAACUGCAAAUGUUUCUAAGAAUAGAUACAAUUACCUAUCUAGUGAGCUUUAAAAUUAAUUUAUUCAAUGCCAUA